AUUUAAGAAUAUAUAUAUAUAUAUAUGAUAGCAUCGUACUAUUUGUCCUCUAUUUCUUUCUCCUUUGUUUUUUUUUUUUCUAUGAUAACCUUCUUUUUCUUUCUCCUUUGGUUUGGUUAAAGCAAAGAAUUUUUUUUUCAUUUUAAGUCUAAUUUUUUAUUUUUAAUUAAAGAAAAUUGGUUUUGUUCUCUCUUCGCUCUCCUCGAUACCCACCACAGUAGCUGAUAACUCAGAAGCGAUGUGGGAUACAAUUACAUCACCAUCACCAACAGCUCAAAUUCAGUAAACCCUUUCUCCUUUUACACACCCAUACGACGUCGUUUCUCCAUCUCCGGCUUCCAUGGCUGAAUCUUCCAAAGACGACCUCGUCCAGCUUAUCAAGCGUUUUGGGGCUUAUCUCACCGUCAGGAUGUCCAAUAUCUUCUCGAUCUCUUUCCAUAACCUGAAUGCGCGAUCGGUUGGGGCUAUUGCUGGCCUUGCAGUGGCAAUAGUUUUCACCUGGAGGCUUUUGAGAUCACCCAGUACACCUCAAAGAAGACAACCAAAAAGGCAGGCUCCUGGUGGUGCCAGUAGUUCUAGCAUCACUUCACAUACAAAUGCACCCUUUUCACCAUCUGGAGUGUUGCCGUCAGAGGAUGCUAGAGCACAAAAUGUUGUUGACGAGUUUUUUCAACAAGUGAAACCAACCUUGGGGCAAAUAGUUAGGCAGAAAUUGAGUGAAGGAAGAAAGGUGACAUGUCGAUUGCUUGGAGUACUUCUUGAGGAAACCAGUCCAGAAGAGCUUCAGAAACAAGUGACUGUGAAGUCCUCCGUUUUGGAAGUACUAUUGGAGAUAACGAAAUAUUGUGAUCUGUAUCUGAUGGAAAGAGUUUUGGAUGAUGAAAGUGAAAAGAAGGUUCUUUUGGCUUUGGAAGAGGCCGGGGUUUUCACAUCUGGUGGUUUGGUCAAAGACAAGGUUCUCUUCUGUAGCACAGAGAUUGGAAGGGCCUCUUUUGUUCGACAGUUGGAGCCAGAUUGGCAUAUCGACACGAAUCUUGAGAUAGUUUCACAGUUAGCUAGAUUUAUCAAGUACGAGCUUCACAUCUCUCCUACCAGAACUGAACGGACUGCUUCUAACGUGUUCAGCUCCCCAUCCUUAGAACAGUUUUUUGGAUCAGUUUGAUGCUUUUAAACAAAUAAAAAUAUGCAAAUAUAAUUCAUAAACUUUUAUUAGGUGGUUCUUUCCUCCCCCAUAUGUUUUGUUUUUUUAAUCUUUUAACCAUGUAUUACAUUCUAGCUCCAGCUUGUUACAGCCUGCAGUUACUGGUGGCAAGAAAAAUGAAAUACUUGAUCUUCAUCCAUCUGCUGCAAAGGAAAAAUGUGUGUAUUUGGACCUCGUUUAAUAGAUUGGAUUUUAUCCAAACUCUUUUUGGCCCUUGAUGAUUUCACAAGUCUGUAAUUUAUACUAGUGAAAGAGAUUGAUGAUUACUCAUCACAUACAACAGGUUUAGCUGCAUUUUUCUUUCUACUCA